AGAAAUAUUUGGAAAAAUUUUGCUAUAAAUCCAGAAGAUCCUACACCAUUUUUUACAAAUAAUAUACUUGAUAGUUAUAUCAGCCUAGUAAUUAAUAUAGAUUGGUUUCAACUAUUCGAUUAUAUAGUUCAUAGUAUUAUUUCUAAUUCAAAUGAACCAAGUAAACAUCAAAUCAAUAAUUAUCUAGCUCCAAUUGUUGAUGAGUUAGUUGAUUUUGCUUCUGGUAUAGAUUUACUAGCAACAUUUGAAUAUAAAAAAGAAUGCAAAAUUUAUAUCGCAUUGAUUCUAUCAUCAAACGAUGUUCCAGCUGCAAGAAAGAUUUGUGAUCAUGCAAAUCAUACAGUGAAAUAUCAUCGCUGUCUAAAAUGUGCAACAUAUGAUAAUUUAUCUAAAAGAAGUCACUAUUGUAGUUUUGAAAAUAUAGAUAAAUGGUUUAAUCUG